UCUACUGAUAGUUCUAUCUACCUUCGUUAAUUUCUCCUUUGGCAUUGAAUGAGAUAUGGGCGGUCUUCUAAAAAGGAAGAGAAGAUCCUCAUCUUCUUCUUCUGUUGUUCUUCUUCCUCUUUUUUGGGCUUUUUUCUUAGCCAUUUUCUUGGAAAGGUUAGUGGGUGUUGUUUCAGGUUUGGAGUACUCUAAGGACAAGCAAGCAAGUAGCUUGACACUUGAGAGGAUUCAGAAGCACUUGGACAAGAUCAAUAAGCCAGCAGUCAUGACCAUUGAGAGUCCAGAUGGAGAUAUCAUAGAUUGCAUUGAUAAAUGGAAGCAACCUGCUUUUGAUCAUCCUCUUCUCAAGAAUCAUAAGCUUCAGUUGGUUCCACCAGAGAUGCCAAAAGUGAGGAGAAUGAAAGAAGAGGAAGUGAAGGGAGAUAAACAUAUUUCAAGUAGGAAGAAUGAAGAAAGGGUGGUGAUAAGUGGGAGAGGUGCAUGGCAAGUAUGGCAUCAAAAUAGGACAAGGUGCCCCGAGGGCACAGUGCCCAUCAGGAGGACCACGGUGGAUGACGUGUUGAGGGCCCAAUCUCUCUAUGAUUUUGGGAAGAAACAACCAAGAAUGGCUCUUGCUAGGCACACCGUUUCCCCAGAUGAUGUUAAUGCCACAGGCCAUGAGUAUGCGAUCGCGAGCUCGAGCCCAUCGGAAGCUGUGUACGGAGCAUCUGCAACAAUAAACUUGUGGAACCCAUCCGUACAAGUGAAGGAAGAGAUGAGUAUCUCCCAGAUUUGGGUUCUUGCCGGAUCAUUCGAGGGCUCAGAUCUGAAUAGCGUAGAAGCUGGGUGGCAUGUUCUGCCGAAUUUGUAUGGUGACAACAGCACCAGAUUAUUUGUUUAUUGGACGGCAGAUGGAUAUCAAUCAACAGGGUGUUACAACACUCUAUGUCCAGGAUUUGUGCAGGUGGACAAAGAAAUAGUUGUGGGAACGGCCAUUGCUCCGGUCUCCACCAUCUCCGGCAAGCUAUACGAAAGUAAUAUUUUCAUAUGGAAGGAUCCAAAGACGGAAAAUUGGUGGCUGGGGUACGAGAACAACAAUGCAGUGGGAUACUGGCCAUCAAACCUGUUCACACACUUAGCAGCGAAUGCGACGCUGGUGGAGUGGGGUGGGGAGGUGUUGAAUACCAAGCCCAACGGCGCCCACACUUCCACCCAAAUGGGCUCAGGCCGGUUCGCCCAGGAGGGCAAUGGAAAGGCCAGCUAUUUCCGAAACCUGGGACUUGUCGAUUCAAAUAACGACAUCAACCCACCCCAAAGCACAUCCACCCGAGCCGAUAAUAGCAAUUGCUACAGCAUAAAUCUCCUCAACAACAACGAUUGGGGCACUCACUUCUUCUACGGGGGACCUGGAUUUAAUCCCAACUGCCCUUAG